GCCAAAAUAGAAGAAAAUGUUCCCUCUGGAUUCCAUUGCCUUUGUCUUUAGGUUACUUUAAGAAACUUGAAUUGUCUAUCUUCCUUAUCUGUAUAUUGGAAGCAGCACCAGGAGAAGACAAGAAGCAGCAAAACAGAUAGGAGCUGUGUCUGUUCUUGUAGUUGUAGACCCUGACUGUAAAGCAGCCUACGAUACACUAGAGCCACAAAAUGCUGCUUGGAAAAACUAUAUAUAAAACCAAGACCCUUUUUCAGAAAACUCUUGAAAACCUCCAGUAUAUCUUCUUUGGAGGGUACCAGAAGCUUUCAAAACCAGCUUCCUUCAGUCCCUUCUCUCGUCGCAGUGGCAAGCGAAAAGAUCAUCAAAGAGAUCAAUUCUAUACUAAUUUUUGUGAUGAAUGGGAGGCCAAUCUAUGUAAGGCGAAGGAGAGCUACGAUAAUAGUAUAAUGGCCUCAAAAGAUCCCAAGAAGGAAGAAGAUGCAUGUGGUGGAAGCUUCAUGAAGUUUGCAAAGCAAAGUCCUGUGGACAGCAUAGAAGAAGGGGUGGUAAAAGAAAAGAACAAAGAAAGUCCCCAAAUAGAGAAAGGAGAAGAGUCAUGUUCUAAGAAAAUGAAUGGAGCUUGCCAAGGUUUAGCGCAAAAGAAGAAGGAUUUGGAAAUGAUGGGUGUAGGUGAUGUGGAACAAGUGUUGGACAUAGAAGAGGCUCUUCACUACUAUUCUCGCCUUACAAGCCCGGUUUACCUAGACAUUGUCGACAAAUUUUUCACAGACAUGUACACAGAAUUCUCUGCUCCGCAUGCCUCUGCCAGCAUCAACAAUUCGAAGAGACUUGACUCGAUUAGCGUGUAGAUGGCCAUAGUAGUGAGUUUUUCUUUGUGCAUAUGGAUUUGCUUUUUCUUUAUCUUGUUUUCCUUUCUUUAAUUUCCUUUUCUUUUGUUUGUGUUUUUGUGAGUUUGAUUUUCAUUUCCAGCUUUAUUGACCAUUCUUAAGUGUCUCCCAAUUGAUAUUUUCCUGAGUCUGUCUUGUUACCAAUAGACAAAAUAAAUUCUUCAUGAAGUUAAAAGAGUUAUUAUUUCCACCCCCAUUACUUGGGGUCUAUGUAUUCGUUCUUUAACAUGAAUUUCUCUGUGGAGAUGCUUGGAUACAACACUUGUUUACUGUA